AUUUUCUCUCAUUUUUUUUCUGUAAUGAAAACACUGCUCUUGUAAUAUGUCUUAUGCAUAUGUAUUCUUAUUACAGAUAAUAAAGAAAGUUGGCACACAGACAGCUCUUCUAGAUGCUGAUGAUCCAGUUUCACAACUUCAUAAAUGUGCUUUUAACAUGAAGGAUACUGAAAGAAUGUACCUUUGUUUAUCUCAGGAAAGAAUCAUACAGUUUCAGGGAAACGAUUAUUUUGUACCGAUUUGUCUGGCACCACCCGAAGAAAUCCUUGGAGCAGAUUUUGUUGAGCACGACGUCCGCCACAAAGGUUAUAACUACGAAGUGAUGAUGACUGAAUUGGCAAACCUGGGAUUGAAACUCCGACAUCCUCGAAUCCACAAUCCACCCAGGAGUCAGUGGGAUGAUCAUCUAAUCUAAUCUUACAGUAGAUUGAAAAAGUUUUCAACAAAAGUGACACCUCAACAGUGGACCACCCUUUGCCUAACAUAACAAUCGAUCUUCCUAUCUCGACUGGAGAACAUUUCCUUAUAAGGAGCGAUUGAAUGACAGAUGGAUGCUAUUUAUCUUAAUUUAUUAUCUAUUUGCCAUAAAAGAAAAUACUUGAAUUUUAAGAGAAAGGAUAACAGACCUUUUCAAUGAUAUUAGAAAUAUGUGAGUUCUUGAAAAGAUUCAGAGAUGAGCCUCGGAAAAGUGGCAAAUAUGUAGUGGAUAUAGUAGUUUUUUUCAGCCGGUCAAGUGUGUUUAACGAGAAUAGACGUCGUUUAAAAUAAGAAAUAUUACCAUGGAGUAGUCUUGGCAUUUCAAUAAAACACAACUAAAAAAUUA